GAAUUUAAUAAAAAUCCACGUUACAACGCAAUUUGCAGAAUAAAUAGAAUUUAAAAAGAUAUUGUUAAUUAAGACCAGUAAUUUUAGCUAUUUACUGUCAGUACACAGGGUUGUCUACACGAUGGAGAACGAUAUCAACAAACCUUACAAGAUUUGUGAUUUGAAUCGAGACAAAAAGAAGGGUAUUGUGGCUUCUUCGUUAGAAGAUUUGCUCACCAAAGUGCCAGAAAAAUUGGGACUGCCGGCGGAGAACUUGACGGUAGUGUUAGAAUGCGACGGAACGGAGGUAGAUGAUGAGGAAUAUUUCUCCACGUUGGAUCCAGACACUUCGCUUAUGAUCUUGCAUGGUAACGAGAAAUGGUCGCCGAACAUGCCUAAAUGCCAAGUGUCGUUGGAUCAGACCGAUGACAUCGCUCUGGGUGACAAAGAACAAGUGGCGAAUCUAGUGGGCAGACUCCAACAUAACUUGUGCCACAUUUCUCUGCUUGGGGGGCAGGACUUGGAGUUGUUGUCGGAUAUGGACCCCGAUAGUCUUGCCGACAUUGUAACAGAUAGAGACAACAGAAUAAUCUUGGAGCACAUCAAGGAGGCUUCUGGAAGAAUAUUGCUAGAGAAGCGCCAAGCACAAGAUGCAAUGGAGUUAUUGAAGCUAUACCACCAGAGUGUAGCCAAUGGAACUGAAGAUGUUUCUCCACCAAAACAAGAGCGAGUUUAAUCACGGAAGCUUUUACGGUAAACCUUUUCACAUAACCCUCAAUUUAUGUUUAAGGGAUGGUACAUCUCAAAAGUUUACAAAAAUAUUCUGUUAUAAAUUUCAUACACUGUGCAUUUGGUAAAUUAUACUUACCAAAUAAUUUUAAGGCUUUACAUGCCAGUUUUAAAGCAUUUAUUAUUCAGAGAUAAGUAAACAUUAAGGUUAUUUGAACACCAAAUAAAGAGGCCUUUUUUCUAUUGAAUUGUAAAAAAAAUUAUAAAUUUUCAUUUUGUUGCAUUUUAAAAAAGAUAAGACUUUACUCUUACAGUUUUUGGUCAAAUAGUUAAUAAUCAAAAAAACUCAUUCCUUACUUAUUAUUCAAGUUCACUUAUUUUGGAAGCACCUAUGCAGUCAAUCACAAUUUUUUAUAUUAAAGUAACAUCUGGUAGAUGUGUGGAUUAUAGAGCUAGGUUUAAAACGCUAAUCUUAUGAAUAUGAGCUGAUAUUGAUGGAUAGAUAUUCUAAACAUUAUGUACAGAGUAUUCUAUCAUUUGUAAAUAUAACAUAGUAAUGGUGUAGUUUUUAAAUGUUACUUAAAAUUUAUCAUCUGCAUCUGAUACCAACAUAACUGUGUAGGUUCUUUAUUUAAACCUUAGUGCAGUUUUAGGGUCACAUAAUCACUUGUAUUAUAGUUGUGGACUUAUGAUAUUGGUAAUAGGAAGACAAUAGUUAUGCUAGCAAUAGGUACUUAUUUAAUAACUAUUUUUGUUUUGUAAACUUUUGAGACACGAUUUGCCAAAAGGUUGAUAAUCAACAUCAAUUUAAAAGACUGAUAGUUGGUAAACUUAUUUUUUUUAUAUAGUUUUACCCCUAGAAUAAGGUUUAUUCAUUUUAAUUCCAAAAUUUGCUCAAACAAUGUACGAAUAUUAAAUAAGUUUUCCUGUUUAUUUCCACUGCCGUAAGUUGGAAGUAUUUUAACAUAUUGAUCAUAUAAAGGGUUGAAAAGUGAUGUUUAGGUGGUGCAGGAAUUAUCUACUGAAUUGAAUAAUAGUGUAUCAUAAAUUGUAGUAAUUUAAGAAUGUACCAAAGCCAAUCUAUUACUGCAGGGAUAUGGCUGUUGAUUUGCUAAGCUUUGCAACAAAGGGGCAGUUUCUACAUUAGCUCAUGUAAAGCCUCUUUUUAUUACAUAGGACUCUUCACUUGGAGUAAACUUAUUAUUUUCUACUUUUUCAUUCCAUUUUCGUAUGAGUGAUUCUUCAAUCUAUAAUUAAUUCUUUAUGAAUAUGGAUGUGGAUGAAUGUCUGUGACUUCAUUAUAAAUCAUUUAGAAUUUUUGUUUGUUAUGUAGAUUAUCUGUGAACAAUUUUAUAUCAUUUUUUGUUUCCUUAUCUAUACACAUUAUGUUCAAAAAACAUUGUAAACUUUAUUGAAAAGACACUCUAAACAAGGUCUAUGAUUAUUAUUGACAUCAAAAUACAAUGUUGACUGCUGUACUCCUCCUAACCAUUGUGUAACCUGUAUGUAUAAGCAUUUAGAGUAAAUAGGUAUCUAUGUUAUACACUUAGUAAUUUGAUAUAAUUAUGCAAUUAUAUGUAUGUAUGAACCUAGUUAAGUUUUACUCCUAAUACGUAAACCUAUGUGUAAAAUAUAUGUCGCAAAUUCCCCAAAAUGUAAGCAUCAAUGGUUAUUUGUAAAACUAAUUGUAUGAAAUUGUAUUGUCAUCCUUAUAAUUAUUGUGGAAUAUCAUACAACUUUAAACUUGUGUUCUGUUGUAUGCAGUCUUGAUUUUCUCAGCAAUCAUCAAUCUUUGUAUCUAUAAUGCAUAAUUUAAACUUUCAGAGAAUACAUGCUAUAUUAUAAAAUAAUAAAUGAACUAUGGAAUUUGAGUUUGUAACAAUCAUUCCUAAUAGUGGAAUUGAUCAGUAGCUAAUUAUUUA